ACGUUGGAUUGAGGUCAAUUUCAUGCACAUACCGAGCACAUCAGGCUGCCCCGAACACAGCCAGGUGCUCUUACCAGCUGCUCGCAUCAUGGCUGGGGAGACAGUCUAUGCCGAUCUGAACCUCUCCCCUGCCUUUCCUGGCUCCAGGACACCCCUUUCAGCUCACCCACAUCCAAGUCCCCGGUGGCAUCGGACAGCGCUGUGGGUCGGAUGGAUUGGGAAUAUUGUCCUGGUGAUUGCUGUGAUAGCGCUGGGGAUUUGGGUUUCCCACUUGCUGUCCGAGAAGGGACAGACCCCGGCAGCCUCUGGGAGCGAUGGAGUCAGGAGCAGAGAUACAGCGACAGCCUCUGGGACCGCAGACCCCAGCACAGCAGAAUGCAGCGCCUGCCUGGAGCGUUUCCGAUCCCAUCUGACCCAAAGUCUGUGCCCCCCGGCCCAGCCCAACUCUGCAGGGGUUUCCGGGUGCAAACUCUGCCCCACGGACUGGCAUCUGCGCAGGGACAAGUGCUACUGGGUCGGCAGAGAAAGUAAAACGUGGAGCGAGAGCUGCGCCAACUGCUCAGCGAGGGGCUCCCAGCUGCUGGUGAUCCGGAACUGGGAGGAGCUGGAGUCCCUACAGGACCUGACAGGAGGCACGUCUCCAUUCUGGGUUGGACUGUCGCUCUCCUCCCCAGAGAAGGCCUGGACCUGGCUGGACGGCUCCCGGCUGGAUCAGACCCAGUUCACGGUGUCAGGCCCGGCUGAGGGGAGCAACUGUGGCGCGCUGGCAGGGAAACAGCUUAAUUCUGACACCUGCAGCUCUGGAUUUCAGUGGAUUUGCAAGCGAGACACCGUCCCGCUCUGAAAAGGGUAUGAGGGAGACCUCAGAGCGCGGCGCCAUUAUCCCACAUGUCACACAUGGGGAAACCAACACACAGACACUGAGGCCUGGUCUACACUACAAGUUUAAACUGAAUUUAGCAGAGUUAAACUGAUUUAACCCUG